GAAAUCGUUUGCUCAAUAAAUAUUAUUGUCAAUGUCAUUGUGAUGCUAAUAAUUGUACUACCGGUAUACCUGUACUUAUAAGACGCUUAUCUCUUCGGCUGAACAAGCUUUACGUGUCUUGUUUCUCGCUGUGCGGACCUUUCCUAUGUUUGGACCAGAAGAAGGAGCAGAAUCGACUCUUAUCGAAUAGGUGUGCAAAGCAAGGCAAGUGGACAUGACUGUCCAGUGACUUGUGGUGAGAAAGAAGCAAACUAAAUGGCCAGCUUUCCUACCUCGCACAAGAAGAAGCAAGAGAAUGAUAUUGUUCUACCCCCAGCCGUGCAAAGAGUUGAGGACUUGUGGGUGGAAGUGGCCAUCCUGCGAAAGGUGUUGAUACGCAACCGUAAUCAGCACCGACGGGAGGAGCAUUUUCAAGCAGCGUGGAGACUGACCAAGCGUGCCAACGAGCUAAAGAAAGCCUGGACAACUAAUUUCGCUUCCGAUACUGGGUCGUGCAAGGCACCCAACGCCAGGCAGGUACUUUGGCGUGCAGCCAGGCUAACUAUACAGGUCCGCACAUUAUCAGAGCGUGCUUUUCUAGGAGGGCAAGCACAACUAUCUCAAUCUCUGUUUGUGCCAUUCAACGUGUUUCUUGUGUCCAGCCUUAGCUCUGUCUGGUCCUGCACGUCCUCCCUGCUGAAACUCCUGUGUGAGAGUUUCGCCGAGCUCCAGCGUCAGUCUUCCAGCCUGCCGUGUGCUACUGGAUCCGUCAUUCCCGACUGCCUUCAGCUUUGGGUUUGCGAAAAGCUGGAAAACAACGAUCUGGAGGCUCCCUUCACGCACAAGACAUGUCAACUAUGUACGGAAGGGGAUGAGACUGUGAACGCGGCCAGCUCCACUGCAUCAGGUGCUUUCACUGGCCAGAAACCCCUACAUUCCUUUAGCAGUAUGGCAGACGAUUGUGAAGAUAUUGGCGAGCCAAUAUCGCGGGACGCUUUUGUGGAUUUGGCCUGUUGAAUAGAAUCCCUGAGCAGCAGCUUUGGCUCAUGCACGUAAUGGCUUGACCUUUAGUGAAUCCCUGUGUACUAUGAACCACUGUGUACUAUGGCCUAGUUGUAGGCUAUUUCAACGUCCAUAGAACAUUAGGGCAGCCCAUUGGAAUAAUAUAAUGGGGUUUGAACUUUGAACAAUUCUUUUUACAUGAUUGCAAGAAGAGUGGUCUUUUUUUAACGGUUGAAGUUGGUUUUUUUUAAGUACAAUAUCCGAGUAUAACUUGACAGUACUAUCCUAGCUCUUAUCUUUCAAUUAUUCUAUUAGGAUUUCCUUGUGUUCACAAUACACUGGACAAUAUGACGGGAAUAAAGUAUUUACAUGUA